AACGCUAUCGAUAGUUGACUAUCAAUCGAGUAACAAGGUUACAACACAACACUAAUUCAUUUCUUGCAUAGACAUGAAGAUUGUUUUUAGGUUAAAAUACCUAGUGAAUCUAAGCAAUUAAACAUUGAGUAUAUAGAAAAUGAAUAGUUUAUUUAGUAAUAUUUGCUCUUUGGGUUCGAAAUGUGGACUCAUAAAAAGUUUACACACCUCGACAUCGCUUAUGGCGUGGUCAAAAUCUGAAUUACCGAAAACUUUCUUGCGGAACAAUAAAAAAAUAUAUCCGCCCCAAGAAAUAGGCGAGAAGCCUAGACCUGCUUUUGUUUGUCAUCAGAAGACUAAUAUGAAAUACAGUCCUGAAAAGCUUUGGUAUAUUGCAUGUUUAGUCAGAGGGAUGACUGUAGAUGAAGCUGUGAAACAACUAAGCUUUGUCAAUAAAAAGGGUGCAGUUUUCGUCAAAGAGGCAAUACUAGAAGCUCAAGAUUUAGCAGUCAAAGCUCACCAUGUAGAAUUUAAAAGUAAUUUGUGGAUAGCUGAAUCAUUUUCUGGAAAAGGGCAUACUAUCAAAGGCAUAAGAAGGCAUGCACGAGGUAGAUUGGGUGAAGUACGCUACCAGUAUUGUCAUUACUUUGUGAGAUUAGAAGAAGGCAAACCUCCGAAGGACUAUUACAAAUUAAAUCCUUUGACACCACAACAACAACUGGAUAAUUGGUUAGAACAAAUGAGGAAGAGAAAAAUCAUCAAUUCUUAUUAAUUUUGCUUUAUUAUUAAAAAUAUAUAAAAUAGUUAUAGCUAUGAAUAA